CACUUUCCCACAUGUUUCACUGACGCGGCCCUACAGGAUCCAUCGGGGCUGAAAAUAUUCCUCCUGGGGAGGACUGGAGUGGGAAAGAGUGCCUCUGGAAACACCAUCCUGGGCCCUGGGCACUUCAGGUCCAAACCGCGGGCCGAGCUGGUGACCAGGGAGUGUGAGCUGGGCACAGGGGAGGUUGCGGGGAGGCCGGUGUGUGUGCUGGACACCCCUGACACACAGCUCCUCAAUGAGGAGCACACGCUUCAGAAUAUUCGGGGUGUUUUCCUGAGGGCUCAGGAAGUCCACGCGCUCCUCCUGGUGCUCCCAGUAGGGGACGCCAGAGACACACAUCGGGGAGCGCAGGAGAUGAUCCAGGAUCUCUUCGGACCGCAGGCCCUGCGCUACACGAUAGUGCUGUUCACCCGGGGAGAGGAUCUGGAGGGGGAGACUCUCCAGGAGUACGUUCAGAGCCAGAGCAGGGAGCUGCAGUCGCUCGUGGAGCAGUGCGGGGGACGCACGCACGUCUUCUGCAACAAGAACACUGCUGACCGCAGCCAGGUCGCCCAGCUGCUGGACAAGAUUGAGGCCCUGGUGAGGGAGAACGGAGGAGGACUCCACUCCAGGACCCCUGAUUCACCAAUCGAGUUGUCCGAACCCAGAGACCUGAGGAUUGUGCUCCUGGGAAAAACCGGUUGUGGGAAGAGCCGGACAGGGAACACGAUCCUGAAACAGGAUGUGUUUCAGCAUGAAUGCAGUCCCAAGUCAAUAACACAUGAAUGUCAGUGGGGCACAGGGACCGUGGAAGGCAGAAAGGUGACUGUGGUGGACACUCCGGGCUUCUUCGACACUGAGCUCCCUCAAGGCAUACUGAGGCGUGAGAUUGGUAGAUGUAUCGCGAUGUCCUCGCCCGGGCCACACGCAUUCCUCCUGGUCAUACAGGUCGGGCGACAAACGCCAGAGGAGAAACGAGUGGUGAGCGAAAUCCUGAGGCUGUUCGGCCAGAAGGCUCUGAGGUUUGCUCUGGUCCUGUUCACCCACGGAGACAGUCUCGGGAAGGGGACCACGAUCGAAGAGUUCUUUGAGAGGAACGAUCACCUGACGGGCCUCAUUGAGAAGUGUGGGGGCCGUUACCACAUCUUCGACAACGAGGACAAGAGCAGCCGCACCCAGGUCAGGCAGCUGCUGGCGAAGAUCGAGGCCAUGGUGCAGCAGAACGAAGACGCCUUCUACACAAACAGAAUGUACCAGGAGGUAGAAAAUCGAAUCAGGACCGAGGCAGAGAGGAUACUCAAUAUGCUUGUUUUAUAUAUGCUAAGAAUGACAGGCAGACACACUUCAGGUGGUGACGAGCCUGAAGGCCAUGCAGCAAGGCUUUGGCGGUGGCUGAAAGAGAAAGCAAGAUACCUGGCAAUGCUGUUCCUUUGCUGUUUCCCUUGUUUCAUGCAAAACACAGAGGAAGACGACAGCAGGCAGACACUGUUAAGGAAUGAUUCGCACAGCACGGGUAUAGAAAUGAGGGAGCGAGGAGCAGAUUCCGAGAUAAGGCGUCGACGCUGAAGGCAAAGGGGGGGUGGAAACUCAAAAGGACAAGGAUUUGGACAAAGAAGACGACACACAAGAUCCUUACGAUUCUCAUCUGGUCUCAUCAGAUUACUGUCUAUAUAAUCUCUGAAAUAAAUAAAGGGUGUGUUCCACCUGUACUAUCUCCUAUCACCAGCAGUUAUCGGCCCUCAGAUCACAUAUCAGGGCCUCCGAGACACAGGCGCCCAGCUUUCUAAUCCGUGUCCUGGAAUCAAACUGUAGCUGGUUUCCCCACUAGGAUUAUGCUUAUUAGUGUAGGGAUGCAAGGAGUGGCUCAGUCCAGUGAAGGUUUGAGAUGAGCUUACAGUAAUUGUCAUGAAAAUGGCCUCUUCCCGAGACCACUGAGGGAGACACACACCAGGUGUAUUUCCCACAGAGCCCCGAACUGCACCAGUUUUUGAAGUCUGAGCCCAGCCAUGUUAUUCCCAUGAAUGGGGGUUUAAGAGCCCACGUUCUACUUCUGGCCCUGUGGCUACUCUUGAAGAUACUGUCCAGCCUCUCUGCUGUUUCUGUGGCGUCUCGUACAACAGCAGGUGUCUGUUUCACAAUUCUCUACAGCCAGGUCAAGGGAACAAAACAGUGACCACAGGCCAGGGCCAGAUAUCUACAAUUGCAAAAAAAAAAAGUGUCAUUUUGUCCAGACCACAAGCCUUGUGUCUUUCACAGCCUCCUGCAGAUGUCAGCUGAUCUUCAGAGAAGGAGACGUUUUUUCACUGCCCUGCCAAUAACCGAUGUGCAUCGUUUCUGCCAAGUGUGCGUUUUUAAAAAAGCGAGUCCUGCUCUUCCACUUUCAUCCUUCAUCCCCCGAGACGACUCGAUCGCCUCAAUGGUCCUUAUCCUGCGGUUGAGGGUUCAGUUCCUCACUAAAUCAUUCUUCUUUUCGAUUAUAUUUUAACACUUUCUUUCUGAGUCGGUGUGACCCAAGGAUGGACAUUCCUGCACGAGAGAAGAACUGAAACAGCACGUUGGCGUGUCUGAGUGUCACGAAUGCUCCCUUCCUUGUUACAUUUGCACUUGGGGCUCUUAGCUUGAUCGCUCUGCUCUGCGCGUUCUAAAUAAAAGCAGCGUUCAUUCACCUUGAGGGCUGGCUCUCUGCGCAAGCGUGUGGCCCACGAUCGAGGAGGGAAAGAGAACAGGGGGGCAGCAGCUGCAUGUGAAAAACACACCACACACACACACUCAUGCUCACACUCACACUCACACUCACACAA